ACUCUCUCUUCGUCUUCGUCGUUCUCUUUGCUUCUCUUUGCUUCUCUUAGCUCGUAGCCAUGGACGUUGAUAUCUCGCCAAAGCUUUCGAAGAAGCUCUACGGUGGAGAUGGUGGGGCGUACUACUCGUGGUCGCCUGAGGAGCUUCCAAUGCUCCGUGAGGGCAACAUCGGCGCUGCUAAGCUUGUGCUUGAGAAUCGUGGCCUGGCUCUCCCUAGCUACUCCGAUUCCGCCAAGGUCGCCUAUGUUCUUCAAGGAAGUGGAACUACUGGAAUUGUUCUUCCGGAGUCCCCUGAGAAAGUGAUUGCCAUCAAUCAGGGUGAUGCUAUUGCUCUCCCCUUCGGUGUUGUGACCUGGUGGUUCAACCCCAAUGACACUGAGCUCAUUGUCCUCUUCUUGGGUGACACCUCCAAAGGCCACCACCGUGGUGAAUUCACCAACUUCCAGAUCACUGGUGCCAAUGGCAUCUUCACUGGCUUCACCACUGAGUUUGUCUCCCGUGCCUGGGACUUAUCUGAAGAUGAGGCUAAGAAGCUUGUUGAAAGCCAAAACAAUGUAGGCAUUAUCAAGCUGAAGGAUGGCCAAUCCAUGCCAGAACCAUCUCCCAAAGACCGUGAAGGAAUGGCUUUGAACUGCUUGGAGGCACCUCUAGAUGUUGACAUUAAGAAUGGUGGCCGUGUCGUCGUUCUAAACACUCAGAACCUUCCCCUUGUUGGCGAAGUUGGCCUUGGUGCUGAUCUUGUUAGGAUUGAUGCUCACUCAAUGUGCUCCCCCGGCUUCUCUUGCGACUCUGCCUACCAAGUAACCUACAUUGUCAAGGGCAGUGGCCGUGUCCAGGUUGUUGGCGUCGAUGGCAAGCGCAAGCUGGAGACAAGAAUCAAGGCUGGUUAUCUAUUCAUCGUCCCCAGGUUCUUCGUCGUAUCCAAGAUUGCUGAUUCUGAAGGCAUGUCAUGGUUCUCCAUCAUCUCCACUCCAAACCCAGUGUUCACUCAUCUGGCUGGAAGGACUUCAGUGUGGAAGGCCAUCUCUCCCCAGGUCCUGGAGGCAUCCUUCAACACUACCCCAGAAAUGGAGAAGCUUUUCAGGUCUAAGAGGACUUCAGAUGAAAUCUUCUUUGCUCCUCCCAACUAAAGCCUUGCUUGCUGUCUUUUAUCAACAAACUUUUAGUUUUCUAGUUUUGUUUUAAUAAACUUUUUGUUGCUGGGCUAAUGGGCUUGACCCAAAUUUAGUAUCUUCUGAGCUAUAUUAUCUAUGAAUUAGUUUUCUAGUUUUUCUUUUUAGUGUGUGGAAUGAGGAUAUUGUUAAACGCUAUUUUUUUUUAAUAUUAAGUUUCUUAUUUAGUUAA